AUGUAUAUGUAUAUAUACGUGUCUGUAUUUGUACAGUCUGCAGAGGUUUUCGAUCGAAUCGAAUCGAUGGCGUCCGGAGCAGGGAAAUCGGCGGCAGUCGCGCUUUUGGUCCUCAAUGCGUUUCUCUACCUCAUCGUCAUUGUCAUUGCGUCGUGGGCAGUCGACCAUGGGAUCGGAAAAUCCCACGAAACAGCGUCGGUGUUGUCGCUCCCGGCGCGGAUCUUCCCGAUAUAUUUCCCAUUCGGGAACAUGGCUACUGGCUUUGUCGUCGUCUUUUCACUCUUGGCCGGCGUCGUGGGAUUCGCCGCGUCCGUCACCGGGCUCGGUAAUGUGGUCCGGUGGGAUGGCCCGAAUUUGCACGCGGCCGCGGCCUCGUCGCUCGUCUCGUUGGUGCUGACAAUGCUAGCCAUGGGGUUUGCUUGCAAGGAGAUUGACAUCGGUUGGACACAAUCAAACUUGAGAAGUUUGGAGACAAUAUUGAUACUAUUGAGUGGGACUCAACUAUUCUGCACAGCUGCUAUCAACAUGGGAGUUGCUGAUGUUGUUGCCAGAGAAAGAGCUUUCAUUUAAUUUUUUAUUAUUUUUUUAAUUUAAAUUAAUUCUUGAUUAAUCAAUUUAUUUAUGUAAUUUUAUUUUCAAAAUUCACAGAUGUAAUUAUAGUAAUAUGUAUU